AUGGUAACAAUUCUUUUGACAUGGCCAAGAAACGUUUGCAACGGCACCACUGACCAUCGAACAGGAUUUUCUCGUGCACAUUCCCCGAAUCUGCCCCCAACCCCACCCCAGAAUUUCCAGCAAUUCGGUGGAGGGGCUCCCUCAAGCUACAGAUUCCAGUACUCGGCUUGUACCGGUCGCCGCCGGGCUCUGCUAAUCGGAAUCAACUAUGCAGGACAGCCGAAUGCACUAAAAGGCUGUAUCAACGACGUCACUAACAUGUCCAACUUCCUGACCCAGAGAUUCGGGUACAAGCGGGAGGACAUGGUCAUUCUCACCGAUGACCAACGAAACCCAAUGAGCCUCCCCACCAAGGCCAACAUUCUACGUGCCAUGCAGUGGCUCGUGAAAGAUGCCCACCCGAACGAUUCCUUGUUCAUCCACUUCUCCGGCCAUGGAGGUCGUACUCCCGAUCUAGAUGGAGACGAGGACGAUGGAUUUGACGAUGUCAUCUACCCAUUGGAUUACCGCCAAGCCGGUCACAUUGUUGACGAUGAAAUGCAUGCCAUUAUGGUGCGCCCACUGCGGCCCGGAGUGCGAUUGACGGCGAUUUUCGAUUCAUGUCACUCGGGCACUGCGUUGGAUCUGCCGUACGUCUACUCGACGCAGGGCGUUCUCAAGGAGCCCAACCUGGCCAAGGAGGCAGCCCAGGACUUGUUCAGUGCAUUCACUUCGUAUGGACAAGGCGAUUUCUCCAGCGUCGCCUCCACGGCCAUCGGGUUCUUCAAAAAGGCAGUCAAUGGUGAGUCGGCCCGGGAGCGCACAAUCAUGACCAAGACCUCUCCGGCCGACGUUGUGAUGUUCUCAGGGUCCAAGGACACACAAACCUCGUGA